UUUUUUUUUUGUUGGUUUACUAUAUUCCCUUUAUACCUUUUACAUCAUAUACCCAUUUCAAUGACCUCAACGGCUGUUAGGGUCGCUUUACGUGUCCGACCAUUAACAGCAAAAGAAAAGUAUUCCAACUGUACCGAAUGUCUCACAUUUAUACCUAAUGAACCUCAGGUUCUCAUUGGAACAGAUAAGUCGUUCACUUAUGACUAUGUUUUUGACACCAAAUCUACUCAAUCUUCUGUCUACUCAACGGCCAUUGCACCUUUGCUGCAUAAAUUUACAGAAGGAUUUAAUGCAACAGUCCUAGCUUAUGGUCAAACCGGAGCGGGAAAGACUUUUUCUAUGGGGACAGGAUUAGAUAAUACCAAAGACAAAGAAAAUCAAGGAAUUGUACCUCGCUGUAUAUUGGAACUCUAUCAAGUGUUAGAAGAACGAACAGAAAAGGAAGAAGGAUAUAGCUAUGAAGUACAUGUCUCGUUUCUUGAAUUACAUAAUGAAGACCUUAUUGAUCUUCUGAAUCCACCUACUAUACAAAAACGAAGAAGUCACAAUAGUCAAUCACCUCAAACGUCUGAAGUAUCCAUACGUGAAGAUAUUGCUGGUAACAUAUACUGGACGGGUGUCAGAGAAGAACGUUGUUAUAGUCCUGACGAAUUGCUUGGUUUAUUGGAAAAAGGGUCAUUAUGUCGUACCACUGGAUCUACUGAAAUGAAUACUGUCUCUUCUCGAUCUCAUGCAAUGUUUACUGUAUCUCUAAAGCAAUAUCGUCUGGAACAAGAUGGAACAGAUGAAAACACACCAAAAACUUCAAAAACCUUGAUUAGUAAAUUUCAUUUUGUGGACCUGGCUGGAUCAGAAAGGCUCAAACGAACGAACGCUGAAGGUGAUCGUGCAAAAGAAGGAAUCGCCAUCAAUGCUGGCUUGUUGGCACUAGGAAAUGUGAUAUCAGCUCUUGGUGAUGAGACUCGACGAGCAGCGCAUAUACCAUAUCGUGAUAGCAAGUUGACUAGACUUUUACAAGAUUCUCUUGGUGGAAAUAGUCAAACAUUGAUGAUGGCCUGUGUUUCCCCUUCUGAUUCUAAUUUUGGUGAAACUCUCAAUACUCUUAGAUAUGCCAAUCGAGCUCGCAAUAUCAAAAAUCGUAUUACGAUCAAUCAAGAUUUCGCUGGAAAUUCUGUGGAAGUGAAUCAACUACGUGCACUUGUUUCCCGACUACGAAUGGAGAUAUCUGAUCUUCGAUCUAAUGGCGCAGUACUCUCGACAAAUGGUACAGAUGAUGAAGUUCAAUCAUUGCGGAAUGAAAUUAUUCGACUACGUGAACGAUUACAACACACAACUAACGAUAUGAUACAAGCAUCAAGUGAAAGGGACACGUUACUAAUGGAAAUUGGACAGACAGCAGCCAUCAAUGACAACAACAACAACAAUCUUUGUACAACAAAUGAUGAUCUUUCUUCCUCUGUUACACCACAUCCUCUGAUAGCCAAAUAUCUCAAGAUAAUACAUGAUUUAAAUAGUGAUCUAACUGAAGCUAAGGAUAGACUUAAAUUUUUGGAAAAUACCCGGCAGCCAGCAUCAUCACAAACUAUUACUGCUCAUACAGUCAAUUUUGCUUCAUCAACGAAAAAUGGAUCCUUUGAUCAACAGAAACGGAAGAAGUCUGGUACAAGAAGAAGAUUUGGACGAACUGGAAGAAUUAGCAACAAUAACAGCACUACUACAAAUACCACAAUUCGUCCCAACAAAAUCAAAAACAAACAUCAAUCACAACAACAUAGUUUGCAAUCAACAGAAGAUCGAUUAUUUCCAACGAAAAGACACCGCCGUCAACGAAGUUCCUCCUAUACAGAUGAUUCUUAUGAUGAUGACGGUGAUAGUGGAGUUCUCUUUAUGGAAGACGAUGAUGAAGGCUAUAUAAAUGAUCUACAAGAUGAAAACAUGCAUCAAGAAUUCAAAGAAAGCAUUGCCAAGGCAAGGGAAGAAAUUCGAAAAGGAAUGGAAUUUUUGGAACUAAUAAAGCCUGAAGACGAAAAUGACUUGGAAGUGUGGGACAAAGAACUCAAGACUAUGAUGCAAAAUCAACCAAUUGAACAUGAUUUUUCUGAUGAAGGUAACUUUUCAGCAUCACCUUCACCAACUCAGCUACUGGAUGAUUUUCAACUGGAAUCACCAACAUGGCCAGAACUUGAAUCGCAACAUGACAAGAAUAGCAACAUAUCAUCUACACGUGGUUCAUUAUGUAGUCAGUUAUCAAUGGCUUCUUCUACGGAUAUGGAAUUCAAACAACAAGAUUCAAAAUUAGUCCGGAUGAUUCAUCAAAUUCAAUCUGAUAUCAAGGUCAAAGAAGAACUGGUUUGUCACUUAGAAAAGUCUGAAAACGAAUACAAAUACAUGCGUCGCAAGUUUGAUGAAAAAAUCAAUCGACUUCAAGAUCAAUUGGCAGCUCUACAACAAGAUCGUGACUCUGCUUUGAAACGUACGAAGGGAUUUUUUGGAAAUACAGCGAAUAUUGAUUCAAAUCAACUACAACUACAACAACAACAACAAGCAAAGGAAAAGCAGCAGAUAUUGGAUAUUCGACAAGCAUAUGAAACGAAAAUGAAGCAUCUUUUGACUGAAAUUCAAGAUCUCAAACGAAAAUAUUCCCAAACUACCAGUGCCAUGCAUGUUACACGCAACCAGAAUGAAUCAUUACUCAAAUCUCUUCGUGUCAAUGUGGAGACCUUGAAAUUGGAGAAGAAGCAAAUGGUGAAACGAAUGAAACAAGAAGCAAACAGGGUGCGUGAACAAAUAACAAACCAAGAACGACGGAUACAGCAAUUACAACGACAGCAUACUGAAGCAACAACCGCAAGACGACGCAUGGAACGUGAAAGGGACCUACAAAAACAAACUCUCAAGAAACAAAAUGAAGAAGCAGUGAUGAAUCGCAGUCAACUCAAACAACUUACCUGUAUCAUGAAGAAGGCCGUACGCGAAGGUGGGAUUUUGGAUGAACGUCUCUUAGGCAAGGUAUCUCAUAUUGUUGGUGGAAAUUUUGCUAUCUUGGCUCGUGGUAGUCUUGGAUUUCCUUUACGUGGCGGUGGACAUACAAGAAGCAAUGCAACCAACAACAAAGGCAACGGAAAACGAGGCAUCAGCAGGACUGUCAGCAGUAUCCCUCUUCAAAUACGGGCAUCAAGAAAGAAGAAACUUCUAGAUAGGGCACUCUGUCAAUAUAUCCAGGGAAAACAAGCAAUAGUUGAGAUGGAACAGCUCUUGGUACGACGUGAACGUUUAUCCGAUGAAAAGCAAGACUUGAUGGAUGAACGCCGACAUAUCUAUUUGCUGGAAAAAGAACGAAUGGACGAAACUGGUACGGCUAUGGACACGGCCACUAUUGAAUUCAUGGAUGAACGUAUUGAUCUGAUAUCAGCAGAAAUAUCCUAUUUAUCAUCUCGUAUACAUGGGUUACAAAUGGAAGCUGCAGCUUCGGACAACAAUCAACAACAACAGCAGCUCUUACAUAUUCAACACCUACGUAGUGAAAAGCAUGUUACGUUUGCCGAUGAAAUUGUAACAGAUCCACCACCAAAUGAUGAAUGGGCCGAUAUGGAUGCUUUCGAAGAACGAUAUACUGUACCAUCUAAUGCAGCACCCGAUUUGGCAUACGAAAUUACUACCAAACUACUAAAGUCUCUCAAGCCUGAUGAAUGCAAGCAGAUUGCCGAAUCUCUAUUGGAAGACAUCUUGGAAUUACGAAUGGCAGAAUGCAAUCGACAAAUGAGUAUGCAGAAUCUGGAACGUACCGUGAUGGAUAUGAGGCGUACGUUGAUUGUAAUGAAAAAGGCAGCAGUGGCAUCAACAGUGGAGAACGAACGACGAAUCCGACGAUUGGAAAGUAAUUUUGGUACACAAGACGAUGAUGAAUCAAUGGCAGCCAUGGAUCGAAAAAUGGAAGAAUAUAUCAGUAAUGGCAACACCAUUUUCGACAAGAUAUAUGAAGAUGGACUACGUGGUAUGAUCAAUAAUACAACUUCCUCUCCUUUGGAAUACAGUGAUGAUAUUUCUACUUCUUGUGAUCAUCUUCCUCCUGGAUUGGUAUUAUCCGACAACUAUAGCAGUGAUGCCUUAUUGACGCCCUCACCUUUUAUCCCUACACCGACAGCAGCGCAUGGAAUGGAUACGAUGUACAACAAAAGCGCCUAUGAUACAGCAUCACAACACCAUCGACAGCAAGGAUCAUCAUUGGAUAAUUCAUUACCAGUUCCAAUCAGAGUCGAUACCACGCCCUCACCUGAUCGAUUUUACAAUAUGAUCCAUAAACGACUAACCUCUCCUCAGCUACCAUGUGAUGAGAACAACACUAUUUCCCUCCCAAUGGUAAUGGCUAAUCCGGUGGAAUUUCGACGUAUGGCGCUUGAACAAAGUACUUCAAGAUUGCAGCAACAUCCGCAACAACAACAACAACAACAACAACAACAACAACAACAGCAGCAGCAGCAGCAACAACAACAACAAGAACAGCAACAACAAGAACAACAACAACAACAACGCCAUAUAGAUAUGGAUUUAGCAGACGACUCAUCAACUUCAUCUAUUCGCAGUAGCCAUUUACGGCAAUCACAACCUCCAGUACCACCAGUACCAGUCCAAGAUUGUAUGCAACCAUUUGCCUCCCAACAACAACAACAACAACAACAAACAAUGAAUCCUACUAGUCGUCCACGUGCAUCAUCAUUACAACAUGUGAAAUCCUCAUUCAUAUGCAGCAAAGCCUCUCAAAAUGAAGUUUUGCCUCUUUCGAUGCAUGGCAAUGACGAUGAUGAUGAUAAUGGAAACAACAUUUUUGAUCGAUUGGCACCCAAUUCUACCAGAGUUUCAAGAGCAAAGAUACAUCAAUUAUCCUAUUAAUUCUCAAGUAUUCUCCCGCUAUUGGACAUGAAUUUUUUUUUUUUUUUUUUUU